AUGGAUAUUUCUUUAUUUCAGCCAGUAAUUUCAGUUGGAAAUGUUGGUCAAUUAGCAGUUGAUUUGUUGCUUGAAAAUUUACAUUUCACAUGUGUAGGACGUAUUCAUUCUUCCACAAUAUUGCCUCUAGUGGGAUUGGAUCCAUUUUUAGAGAAUUCUUCAGAUUUAGUAACCAGUUGUCAAGUAUAUGAAAACACACAAUUAAACCUUGUGGUAAUUCAGCAAAGGACUCCAGUUGCAAUGAAUCAGAGAUCAUUGUAUGUCAAACUUAUGGCAAAUUGGAUUAAAGAAUGUAAUUUUAAGAAGGUUGUUUUAUUAUCAAGUAAAUUAUCUCAGUUUGAAUCACCAUCAGAUAUGAGUACUCCAUUUUUUCUUCUUUCUUUAUCAGAGGAUGAAAAUUCUAUUAAAGAUUACUUAAUUCAAAAGUUGAACUGGAAAUAUUUAGAAUGCAAAGAUCCAGAAACUCAUGAAGUGAAACCUGAUGGAGAAUUACACUUGCCUGGAGCAGGCAUCACAAAACUUUUCUAUGAAAAGUGUUUCAGAGAAAAAAUUCCUAUCAUAGUUUUGAUACAAAACUGUUCAGAAGGGGACAAUAUUCCUGAUGCUCUAAAAGUGGUGGAACAAUUAAAUGAAUGGCUGAAAUUUGAUUCUGCAUUAAAACGAUGGAGGAUGCCAAUAUCCUGGAAUAAUCUUUUUGGCAAUGCACCUCCUUCUGAUAUCUAUUAGGACUGAUUACUCAGAAGUAAUAAAAUUCACAUUAAAAAAGAUAUGAUAACAAGAUAAAAUUAUUGUUUAUAUAUUACAUUUUGUAAUUAUAUUUGUAUAAUAUAAAUUCUUCAUAUGUCAAAGAUUAAGAAUAUGCAACAAUGAAACUUUUUUGUAACACUUAACAAUAAUAUUUUUAAGCAAUAUGAAUAAAAAUGGAAAUUCUUUUAUAAUUUCUUGCAAUUUUUUUUGUUUUUGUUUUUAAUAAAUUUAUGAGAGCUUCAUUGUUGUAAUGAUGUCAUUUUCGGGAAAUAAAAUAAAGGUUAAAGUUGGACAGACUAUUUCUGAAAUGUAGAGAUAUCAUACUUUCUUCCUGUUAAUCAAAAUGGCAAAUCACAAUCAGGAAAUUGUAAGUUUCCUCUUCCUGUGUACUUAUUAAAUAGUCUAUGCUUUAUAAGCAUCUCUAACUAGUACCAAAGAAUCCAGAGUUUUAAAUGUUGUGAUGUUUUGUAUCAUUUCAAUUUUAAGUUGUAUUUUAUUAGUAAAUGGUAAG